GGAAGGCUCUCCGGCCGGCAGCUGCCUCCCGCUGCAGGCAAGAGAGCGCCUGCCUCGCCGGGCGGAGGACAGCCGAGCGACCGGAGUGACAGCACAGGAAAGGCGGAGAGCAGGAGAAAGAAGCGUCUGCGCUGGCAAGCUCUCCCGGCAGCGCCGAGAGCCAGAGCUGCGGUGCUGCUGCGCCGAUGCUCCGUACGUUCGCAGUAACGGGUAGAGCGGAAGGCUCCGUGGCCGGGGAAGAGCGGCACGGACACGUUCCUGCUCGCUCCGUUGCACCGGAAUUUCGACGGCUGGGUUCGGCCGCUAAAUUGAUGGCGCUACCGGAAGAAAUUUCAGAAAAAAAGGGUGGCUUUUUCGUCGAUCUCUUUGUGAGAGUAUCAAAUCAGGCGGCGGUAAAUACGUAGAAGCAACUAGGCGUACUACGGCGUGUACCGGACAGCGUUGGCGUGCCGCUCUGCUAGCAGCGGAGAGCCAGAUGAGGAUGCCCGUGAUAUGAGAAAAGCUCUGUCCAGAGAUACGGAGACGAAAUCAGUUGUACCUCAUCCCGUGACACCGGAAGACAUUGAGUAAGUGUAAGCUGUGAUGCUCAGUGAAAUUACUAAGAGCGUUAAGUUUCCCGUGCCUUUGCUUUCACUCUCCCAUUCUCUUGUCUUGCGGCACGUCGCGUUUUUUGAGGCCGUGGAAGCGACACCGGGAGCGAUGGGGUGUCAGAACCAGGUCCUCCUGCCUGUCGCUGGUUUUGCUUACCUUCGCCGUCUCUGUGUACCAGUCUGCGUGUCUCUCUGUGUUCCUCAAUCCCUGUCCUCUCUUCUCUGUUCUGCUUUGUUUCGCUGCGUAUGUCCCGUUCCCUGUCCCACCUUUAUCCUUCCUUCCUUCUUCCUCGCCUUUUUCUCUGUCCUUUUGUCCUGCUCCCCGACCCUGUUUCUCGCUCCAUCUGACCGUCCUUUUCCUGGCACCUUUGUGUCUCUGCUCCUUGCCCCCGUCUUUCUCUCCCCUCUGCCCAGUCCUCGUCUCCCUCUUUUGUCUCUCUGCCCCUCUGUCCUGCUCCCUGCCCCUCUUUUUCUCACUCUGCCCCAGCGUCCCGCUCCCCGGUCCUCUUUCCCUCUGUUGCGCUCUCCUUCUCCCUGCUCCCCAGCCCGCUUCUCUCUCGCUCCCGCUUCCUUUUUUUAUUCUCUGUUGCUCUGUCCUGCUCCCCGUGCCGCUGUCCCUCGCCGUACCUCUCGGUCCGGCUCCCUGCCCUUAUUCUCUUUUCCUCCCUCGCCGUGGCGCUGCCCGCCCAGGGUCGUUUCUGCCUCUCUGUCCCGCUCCCCGUCCUUGUUUGUCGGUCGCCGUCCCGCUGCCUCUCUUCCUGCCGCUUCUUCCUCCCUCUCUGUCAGGCUCCCCGUCCCCGUCCUUCACUCGCCGUCCCUUUCCUUGCCUCGUGCUUUCUCGCUCGCCGCCGCCCCCCCCCCCAUCCAGCUGGCUGCCCCUUUUCUCCUCUCAGCCAGCGUCCUGCAGCUGGCUCCUCGGUUUUGGCGGCAGCCUGCACAUAGCAGCCCAGCUCUCCAGCAGCCUGACGGACCGACCGUGUGUCUGUUCCACGCCGGACUGGCGAGCGUGGCUCUGGGUAGGACAGCCGAGGUGCCCCAGGGCCGGGCCCCGAGCCCCGGUGCGGAGUCUCUCCCGGGACCGGCUCUGUGUGUGACUGAAUAAACGCUUGCGGUCUCUUUU